GGUGAAUCAGUUUGAAAGUGAAGCGCAAACGAAUCGAAAGCAACAAGUUGCUGUUGUCGCAAUAGCCCCAACAUCAUCGCCGUCGCUUUCGUUGUUGUUUGGUUGGUAAACUAACAGUUGGUAGCUGGUGUUGUUGUUUGUUGGUUGUGUGCUUGUCAACGUAACGUUCGUGCAAACAAAAACGUAAUACCAUUGUGUGCUGGUUAACAACGUUUGUGCAAAAAACUAACUAAAAUUAAACGAACUAAGUAUUCAACUAACGACGGAAAUUUGUGUUCAAACUGUUUCCGAAAAAAAAAAAAUAAAUUUCAAAAGUAUUAUUACUGCGACUGCAUUUCAAAUACGUUUAAGCAUACCAAAGACAAUUAACGCCGAAUUCUUGUCAAAAAUUUAAGCAAAAUAAUACCACAAAAAAAAACUUAAAUAGAUAUACAACACAUGAAAUAUGCCUUCACCUACAAAAUCGUUAAAUCAACGUGAUCGUAUACGCGAUCCGCGCGAAGAUAUUCUACUCGAAACAAAUUUCGAAGAUGAUGGCAUACUGACGCGUGCCUACAACAACAAUCCAUACAAUAAUGGCACAGCAAUACAUAAUCGACGACGCAGUACCUACCGUUCAGAUCACUCCUUGGACCGUUACACGGAACGUGGUGGCGAAGAAGGUGACUGCUGUCAAUCAUGUAUGUCCCGCAUUCCUUAUGCCACAUUAAUAGCGACACUUAUGUGUCUGCUUGGCGUUGGCAUAUUCUGUGGCACAAUGUAUCGUGGCGCCUCGUUGACGGUGAUUAUGAUGGAUCAAGUGUUUCAUUUGCAUCUAAUUUGGAUUGAAGCGAUUCAAAUGAUUUUCGUCAUAAUUGCUGCGGGAAUGGCGGCGCUUGGCUUUAUGAUACUCUUCGUUGGUUUCCUAGCAACUGGAGCGACACGAUACAAGGUCUAUCGCGCGUGGCGUUCACGAGUGGGUGGGCGCAUCUCGUGUGCCGUGUUCAUGGGCAUCACAUAUUUGCUAAACUUUGUUUGGAUAUUAAUUCUAUGCUUCUUGGUCAUAGUCACCUUUAUCUAUACGAUGUUCUGGAAUAUGUGCUCAAGUGUGGAACGUUCGCUCAGCUGCAUUGAUUUAACACAGUUUCAUUUCAUGUUCCCGCCCAACACCAAACAAGAAGAUAUGAAAAUCUGCGACAAAUAUGAGAUUAAAGCCUUCUGCAAGGAUGGCGUCGAGAAUGCCGAAGUUAUGUUCAUUCUCGCCACACUGGCUGCUUUGCUUGUCAUACUGAGUUUGGUACACUAUCUAAUGUGUCUAGCCGCCAAUUAUGCGCACAUAAGGGAUCAUGAGAAAUUCCAGGAGCUGCAGGAAAUACAAAAUCUAAAUGAGCUCGAGUAUAGCGCAACAUCCAAGGAUCGCUUCUAGGACAUAUUUCAGAAGAUUCAUUUUGAGCUUAAGGAGAAGUGAGCGACAGACAAAACGAAAAUAAAAUAAUAAUAAUAAUAAAAACACCUAAACUCAACACGCACACAUCACACACAAACAACAUUUACACUUAGAAGAAUAAAACAAAAGAACUGAUUGAAGUAACAAAACAAUGAAUCGCUAACUAUAGACAAUGAAGAUUUAUGCAGAACGAUGAUAGGAAAUGCAAACAGCAAACAUGCAUAAAUACUGAAUUUCAAAAAGGAAUAAGCAGAGCAAUGUGUGUAGUGAACUUUCUCUGGAAUAUUUACAUAAUAAAAUAACAAGCUGCUCACAUUGCUUCUUUUUUUUUUUGUAUACAUCAUUUAUGUAUAUUAUUUUGUUUAUUUAAUAAUUCUUUAACUUUAAGUUAUUUAGAUACGGAAAUGCAUAACUAUUGUCUAACUGAAAUUUAAUUGUUUUUUUCCCCCUUAUGUACCAUAAGUUCACAUAAUUUCUUUUUAUAACAGCAAUGGCAUGUAAAAUAUUUAUUAUUUAGUUAUUUUCUAUUUAACUUUUAAAAACUGGAUUUUUUGAAUUAUUAAAUAUUAUGUAUCUAAUAAUUUUCUUUGUUGUUAUUUCUAAUCUGGCUCAUAACUCAUGAAUUCAUAAAAGAUGUAAUUAGCUUGUUUAAAUUCAUAAGUAUAUCCACUCUUUUUAUUUAACUUAUUUUUGGCUUAUUUUCAUAUGUACUGAUUUCCUUUUUCAUUUGUACCGCUCUUUUAUUUUUUUAUUUUUUUUAUACGGCGAUUCCAUAAUAAAUGUAACCAAAAAGUGACGAUUUGCUGGCCUUCGAUUUGUCUCAAAUUUUGAACACAGCCACAUCCAGUCGAAACCGGAACUCAGUAAUAUGAACAAAAGUUAGAGCAACUCCGACACGGUAAUUAAUUUUUUUUCGUUUUCUAAUAAAAACUAUUCACUCAUUUAAGAAGCCUAGGACGAUAUGAAGUUCGAAGACCAUUUAGAAGUCGAAACAGACAAUUCCAUGAUAAAAGUUUAAACCAAUUUUUACGUAUUUUUAUACUUAGCAUACGAAUCUAUAGUAAAAACAUUUAUAUUUGUCUAAUCUAAAAAAAAAAAUUAACUUUCGGUCACUUUAGCCCACUUCCGGUCGAAACCGGAAGAUACAGCUUCCCAAUUUGGUAGAUCAUAUUUUUUUGCGUUUUUUUUCUGUAAAAACAUUUCCCUCCAUUUUAGAAGGGGAUGAUGGAUAUGAAAAAUUUAGCACAGUUUAGUUGUGUGUAUGGGCUUUACAAUCCUCCGUAGAUGCCAUUUUGGUUAGAAAAGUGACCUAUUUUUAGAUUUCAAUUUUAACUUUUUUAUAUACAUAAAUAUGUAUACUUUUUCAUUUAGAAGGGGUUAGAUCGGGCGUUUAUCUUUUAAUUUUCCUUUGGCGGUAUUUAAAGCGCGCACUUUCAUAAGUCUCAAGUUUUUGAUCUAAAGGCAUUUUUGUGCAAACUUUUUUUGAGCUUUUUUAUGAUCGGAUUUCUACAAUUUCAUGUUAAUAUUGCAAUAAAAUUUGACAUACUGUGGUGGUAGGAUAUGAUAAAGAAUCUAUUCAGUACUUUGUUGUGGAACUACUUGUUCGAAGAUUUCAAGUGUUUAAGCAAAGUGGAUUGCAACAACUGCUUGGAUUCUGCAAAUGAUCGUAUUAGAUUGAAAACAUUAAAGGGUAGGGCUAGGAAUCUAGCAAUACCCACCACAACGGGAUCUGUUUUUAGCAGACGAAUUUUGCCACCUCUGCUAUUGUAAGCUAAUUUUACGCUAUCUAGCCUGAACUAAACUAAAACUUAACCUAUUCUAACUGGAUCUAACCUAAGCUUUUUUUUCGUGUUUUAGGCUUGGUAAAUUUAUGAAAUGAAUACGCCAGAGUAUCCAUUUCACGCCUCUUUUCAUUUUUUUCGAAGUUUGCUGAUUUGACUUGUUAAUCAAAUUUGCAUCAUUAAUAAUAUGUUUCAAAAUAUUACAUUUAACUAAGUUAUAAUAGCGUCUUCAUCUAAGGAGAUAAACUGCCAAUAAACGUGAUAAAAUGAUAAAUAAACCGGUUUUCCUUACGAAUUUAUUGAUUUAUAACAUUUAUAGAAAAUUUAUGACUUAAGAUGAAGAUGCCUAUUGUUUUUUGUAUAAUUUUCAAGUUUUGCAAGCUAACGGUAAAUAUGUUUUUAAUACAAUAAUGCUUUCAUUAUA